CUGUUGUUUGCAUUGAAGUCGGAUUUUGAAUUCAAUUAAAAAUUCGUAUGUAAGAUCUAAAUUAAAGAUCAAUUCCUUAGUUUGAAAGUAGUGAUUCUGAUCAUUUGUUAGACAUGUCUAGAAGAAAUGUAGUUUAUUUUUGGGAUCCAGAUGUCGGUAACUUUCAUUAUGGACCAGGUCAUCCUAUGAAGCCUCAUAGAUUGGCUGUUACUCACUGUCUGGUAUCGCAUUAUGGCUUGUACAGGAAAAUGCAGGUUUAUAGACCUUAUCGAGCUACUCCCCAUGAUAUGAAUCAUUUCCAUUCUGAAGAGUACAUUGAUUUUCUUCGAAGAGUAACUCCUGAAAACAUUCAGGCCUUCAACAAAAGCCUGAGCAGCUUCAAUGUUGGAGAUGAUUGCCCAGUAUUUGAUGGUCUUUUUAAAUUCUGUUCCAUCUAUUCAGGAGCAUCUUUAGAUGGUGCAGUUCGGCUGAAUAAUCAAUGUUGUGAUAUUGCUGUUAAUUGGUCAGGUGGGCUGCAUCAUGCUAAAAAGUUUGAGGCAUCUGGUUUCUGUUAUGUUAACGAUAUUGUCAUUGCCAUAUUAGAGCUUUUGAAAUUCCAUGCUCGUGUCUUAUACAUUGAUAUUGAUAUUCAUCAUGGAGAUGGGGUGCAAGAAGCAUUUUACCUAACUGAUCGUGUAAUGACUGUGUCCUUCCACAAGUUUGGGAAUUAUUUUUUCCCAGGAACAGGUGACAUGUAUGAACUGGGUGCUGAUACUGGUCGUUAUUAUUCAGUAAAUGUACCCUUAAGGGAGGGUAUUGAUGAUACUAGCUAUAUUAAUACUUUUAAGCCUGUUAUCAAAGCUGUGAUGGAAUUUUAUCGACCUUCUUGCAUUGUACUUCAAUGUGGAGCUGAUUCUUUAUUUGGUGAUAGACUUGGAUGUUUUUCUCUUAGCACAAAAGGGCAUGGGGAAUGUGUUAAAUUUGUCAGGUCAUUGAAUGUUCCAUUGCUUGUUCUUGGAGGUGGAGGAUAUACUCUUCGAAAUGUUGCAAGAUGCUGGACAUAUGAGACUUCUAUACUGGUAGAUGAAGAUAUUGCUCCAGACAUUCCUUAUAAUGAGUAUUUGGAGUACUUUGCUCCCGAUUUCAUUCUCCAUCCUCCUGUGCAUACAAAACAAGAUAAUGUUAAUUCAAAGCAGUAUUUAGAUGCCAUUGUCAAACAUGUGACAGAAAACCUGAAAUCCCUGGCCCAUGCUCCAAGUGUUCAACUUCAAGAUGUUCCUGAUAACUUUUUUCAGUUGUCUCUAGAAGAUGAUGAAAAUGAUCCUAAUGAAGGGGCUGUGGCUCAAGCUGCUAAUGCAAGGGUUCAACCGGCAAAUGAAUACUAUGAUGAUGAUGAUGUGAAGCCGCCAAAACUAAGUCGAAGAGAGCGUUGAGGUUUUGUCUAAACUAUGAUAAAUUCCACUUUGUUGUAAUCUUAAAGCAUUAAAUGUGAUAGAUAUUGCGUGAUAUCACUCUUUCUUAAAAAGGAAUGGUCAUUUUAAGUAGUCUUAAGAAAAUAAGGAAAGAACAAAGAAGGUUUUGAAUUGGUCAGAUAUGGUUGGAUGGGAAUAUACUGAUUAAAUUUAUGUAUUAAUUAAAUUUAGAGUGUUCUGACUUGCUCCUUCUAUUACAUUUUAUGCUUUGUGAGUGGUAAGCAUUUUUGUUCAUCUUUCUAACUUUAUAAGAAGAGUGUGUGGAAGUGUUGGCUAAAAGUGCUUUCAUUUUUGUAUUUGAAAAAACUGGUGCUUCUGUUAUAUUUUAUAAAUGUUCAUAUACAUGUAUAUGUUUCUUCAUCAAAUAAAUUUUUGAC